AUGCCAGGCGAGGAGCAAGCAGGGACACCAGAUCGGACUACAACGGAUGAGAUCUACACCGAAAUCUCCACUCCCAAGUCCGUCAACUCGGUCUCUUUCGAGUUCAACAAAGAAGCCGAGCGCAAUAUCAAACCCAAUUUGAUCCUCUACACGAGCGUGCUUGUCGCUCUGCUCCAACCAUUACAAAGUGGUUGGUCGACAUCGCAAACAAACCUCACGCAGUAUAACGGCAUCGACCAGUGCAAUGCGCGGCCCCUGGUCGAGGGAAUGUGCCUCAUGUUUCCCGGCCACUCGAGAGUGGAGUGGACAUUCGCUGUGAAUGCGUGGAUUUUCGGUGGCAUGAUCGGGCCGCUUUUCUGUGGCCAUUUCAGCGAUCUCUGGGGUCGUAAGAAGCUCCUGUUCGUGAACUGCGGCUUUAUGAGCGUCGGUGCUGUGAUUCAAGCUGCGGUCUCCAACAUUUGGGCGUUCGCUGUCGGGCGCGUGAUCUCGGGUAUUGCUUCGGGUGUCGCCACCGGUACUCUGGGCUCGUACAUUAACGAGCUAUCUCCACCCCACCUUCGCAAUAUUCUGGGUCUGGGUCUCCAGAUCUCAGUGACAAUGGGUAUUCUUCUACCUGCUAUCGCCUUCUUCUUCGCCAAUACCAGCAGUGGCUGGCGCUACCUCGCCGGAUUCCCGAUCAUUCUGGCUGCACUAUGCACUAUUCCUCGUGUUAGCUCCCAAAAUGUCUAUGGAGAGGAGAACGUGCAAAUCGCUCUGAACUGGUUGGAGUCUUCGACCAAAGCCAAUCAGUCCGAACUAGCUGAGGCCAACGAGUUUGAAGUGAACGAAUCUCUAUUCUCUCCACGCUACCGUCUACAACUAUCCACGGCUAUUCUACUGUCGUGCGCUCAGCAGCUCUCCGGUAUCAAUGCCGUAUGUUACUAUUCCAGUAGCAUUUUCGCGGAUGCUGGUAUUUCAGAUUCGCGCAUUGGAACUCUUAUCAUCGAUUUUAUCAACGUCUUCCCUGGUUUCGCGGCUGGUGCACUAGCUGUCCGCUUUGGCAACCGUCAGAUGAUCUUGUGGGGUAUCGCGAGUAUGUGCGUCAUGGCUGUGUGUAUGACCAUCGCCUUCCUCGUGGACGUGUCGGCGCUGUCGAUUAUCUUUACGGCUUUGUAUGUGAUCGCAUUCGAAGCGACUCUGGAUUCUAUUCGUGCAAGCUGCUCGUCGCUUUGCAUCGGUAUCAACUGGCUGUGCAACUUGGUCGUUGGGGUCGCGUACUCAUACAUUUCGGACGCUUUGGAUGACUACGCGUAUCUGCCAUUUGUGGUGCUUCUUGUGGUUUUCUACCUGUUAGCACUUAAGCUCGUACCGGAGACGUCAGGGAAAAGCAGUCAGGAGAUUCAGGCCGAUUUCGACUCACUUCAUACAUCGUAAGA